AUGUCAUCUGAUAACGCCUCUAGCCAGUUGAAGGACUGCGACCCUCGGCCUCACUUGAACUUGGUCUUCAUCGGUCAUGUCGAUGCCGGCAAGUCGACUACCUGUGGGAAUAUUAUGUAUUUAUCUGGGUUGGUGGAUAAUCGGACCAUUGAGAAGUUCGAGAGGGAGGCUAAGGACAAGAAUCGUGAGUCAUGGUUUUUGGCCUAUAUCAUGGACACCAACGAGGAGGAGAGGGCCAAAGGCAUCACCGUCGAGGUUGGUCGGGCCCACUUCGAAACACCUAAUAGACGAUUUACCAUCUUGGAUGCUCCCGGUCAUAAGAACUAUGUACCGAAUAUGAUCUCUGGCGCGGCCCAGGCCGAUAUCGGCGUGUUGAUGAUCUCCGCUCGAAAGGGCGAAUUUGAGACUGGCUUCGACAAGGGUGGUCAGACUCGUGAGCAUGCUAUGCUUGCCAAGACCUUAGGUGUGAAUAAACUGAUCAUCACUGUGAAUAAAAUGGACGAUCCGACUGUGAAUUGGUCUAAGGAGAGAUACGACCAAAUAGUUGAGAAGUUGACUCCCUUCUUGAAGGGCUGUGGCUUUAAUGUAAAGAGCGAGGAUGACGUCUUCUUCCUCCCCAUCUCUGGUCUCAAAGGUGAUAAUUUAAAGGAAGGCCCCAAGUCGCCCGGCUCUGAUUGGUAUAAGGGCCCGACACUAUUCCAAGUAUUGGAUAAUGCCAACCCACCCUACAGGGAUCCUGAGGCACCUCUACGUAUACCUAUUGUCGAUGGGUAUAGGGAUAUGGGCACUAUUGCUAUGGGGAAGAUAGAGCAGGGGAAGGCACAGCCAGGUCAGCAGUGCAUGUUGCUGCCUAAUAAGACUGUUACUGAGAUACAGUCAGUUUACAUCGAGGAUGAUGAAUAUAAAUACGCCAAUCCUGGUGAGGAUAUCAAACUGAAGUUGAAGAAUGUCGACGAAGACCAAGUCCAGAAGGGGUUCGUGCUCUCUGCCAUUGAUCACCCUUGCCCAGUCGUACAGAAGUUCCAGGCCCAGCUUGUCAUCACGGACCUCCUCGAACACAAGCCUAUUAUCACUAUUGGUUAUACGGCUGUUCUGCAUGUCCACACUGCUAUCGAGGAGUGCACUAUUACUAAACUCAUAGAGUGUGUUGAUAAGCAAAAGAAGACCAAACAGAAGAGGCCGAGAUUCGCUAAGACCGGCCAGAUGUUGCUAUGCGUCAUCGAGACCACCAACAGGAUAUGUGUUGAUACUUUCAAGAGGACUCCACAGCUUGGUCGAUUUACGUUGAGAGAUGAGGGUAAAACCAUCGCCAUUGGAAAGAUAGUGGAAUUGCCUAAAUCUGUCACGGAGGGGAUCGCCUAA